UGUAUGUGUAUAAUGUGUUUGCGAUAUGAUGUCUGUGUAUGCAUUGGUUGCCAUUAUUUGUGAGAACAGAUAGCCAUACAAACCAUACAUACAGUGAAUACAUUGAAUACAAUCAUCUAAUGCUAUAUAAUAUUGUUAUGUAAUGAACGCAAACACUAACCACUGGUUUGUCACUCAAUUGACACACUAUUAGACACAUUGUGUCCACCGUUUGACUGCCAUCUGUUCCCAGCGAUUGUCUCUCAAGACACGGCCCAUCAGAUCCAAACAGACCUCUUAUCUGUUGCUUACCAUUUCAUAUACAGUUGUCGGACAUUGAGAGCCAGGGAAGUAGUGGUGAUAAUCGUGUCCAGGGAUUAGCCAUCGGUGUGUGUGAUGAAGAGAAGAAAUGGUGACUUGUGUGGAGCCAAACUGAGACGGGCCAACAAGAAGUCCAAGAUUAGCGAUGGACUCAAUCAAAGUCCAUUCAUUUACGUGAAGUUCCUGUUGGUGUGGGCACUGGUACUGUUGGCCGACUUCAUAGUCGAGUUCCGAUUUGAAUACUUGUGGCCAUUUUGGCUCCUCUUGCGCAGUGUUUACGACUCUUUCAAAUAUCAAGGACUGGCGUUUUCGGUGUUCUUCGUGCUGAUAGCGUUGACAUCGGACAUGAUAUGCUUCCUAUUCAUACCGGUUCACUGGCUAUUCUUCGCGGCCAGCACUUACGUGUGGGUGCAAUACGUGUGGCACACGGAACGGGGCAUAUGUCUGCCCACUGUCUCCCUAUGGCUACUAUUUGUAUAUAUAGAGGCGUCGGUUAGACUCCGCGAACUCAAGAACUUACCCUUUCAUCUGGACCUCUGCCGACCAUUCGCUGCUCAUUGUAUCGGUUAUCCAGUGGUGACGUUGGGGUUCGGCUUCAAGUCGUACGUCUCGUACCGCAUGAGGUUAAGGAAGCAGAAAGAAGUGGCCAAAGAGAACGAGUUCUAUGUGGAACUCCUCCAGAAAGCCUUACCCCAGGAGGUGCCGGCGCCCCCACCCGCCCCCAGCUUACCGCCGGACACUGAGCUCAUGCAGACGUCCGCCAAUGGCGUCAAUCAUUGCGCGCCUAAUCAUCAAAAGAAGUCGAGUAUUAGUUCAACAAAUUCGGACAAAUCGUUGAUUAUUAGCAACGGUUCGGCGAAUAAAUUAAUUUGUGAUUACGACUCAUCCACCAAGAAGUCCAUUCCCAAUGGCAUCGAC